CGAAGAGCCAUAACCAACAUGCUCAUGCUGCUGUUACACACGAGGGGUUUGUCUAGGCCGAGGGCUCGGGGCAUUUGAGCGCUGUGCCAAGCACAAGCGUCCGCGCCGAAGUAAUUCCUCGUCGUGAUAGACAGUCAGCUGCAUUGGAACGGCGAAUUAGCCGUGGCCAUUGCUCACACGUUCACAGUCGCAGCGAACUACUAGACUCGAUCACCACGGGAUCCACUUGGACACUUCCCAUUUUAGCCGACCACUUUGGUUUAAAAGACUCAUGAAGACUGCGCUGCUGCGAGAGGUUGACGUGAAGAUAGCACGAGUAAAGCCGCGGGGAGAGUGCUCACCGUCGCCUGAGUACGUCUUCGCCAUUCGACCAAGAAGUCGCAGCCACCACGAAGCACUAAUCGCUCGAAGACAGGACUUAGAUCACGCUACGACGCUCGGUAGGGAUAAUGUACCAGUGAUACAUGAAGUUCCGCGCACAUACAGCGCGUGCCGCGCGCUAUACAGGAAGCUACAGCAUCUGACCGACUGUAAGAACGUUCGAGCGUGCUGCUGCGCAUUGGGAUCGUGCCCAUUCUGGUCGCUGUUCGCCGUGUUGGGCAGCAUCGAGUUCCCUAAACGGACACUGUUUAACCACCAGUCCAAGCACGUUUUCGCGCAGAGGACACAGGCGCUCGACGCUAUGAUGCGUACGAUAGUCGCUGUACUACGCUCUAACUACCGGAUCCGCCACUUCCGCUGCUACCAGGCUCCGUACGGCGCUGCUCACGUAUGCAAAGUGUUGGUCACUCUGUGUCUGUUUCUAGAGCUAAACGAAGCGGAUGUAGAGCAGCGUCUACUCGAAGGCGGUGAACGAUUAGCGUACAAACUGAACCUGCAGGGUUGGCAGUCCGAUCGAGUAAAUCUGUAUUUUCACUGCGAAGACAAGAAAAAAUACCGCAAGUUUGGAGAAGUACGAGAACACAAGUCGAUGGAGCUGCGGCAGUCGCUGACGCUGUCAGAUUGCGCCGAAAAGGAGCCGACAAGCGUCAUGUCGGACAGUCAGGAGGAACAGCCACGCAGCUCGCUACAGCUCGUCUGGAGCUAGAGAUAUCGAUCCGUAGAUCCCGUAAUUUAAGUUUUCGUGGAAUAAAUUUUCGAACAAGCGAUUCGAC